AUGAACUUCGUCAAAAACUACUCCCAGUGGAAUCUGGUGGUGUUACACCCUAACUUGCGAAGUGUAACCCGAGUCUUCAGUUUCAACUACCAACCCCUGCAAGUUUAUGGAAAUUUCAGUGACAUAGGGAUGUUUUGGGGGAUAGAGUACUACAAUGACAUGUUGCUGACACAUGGGAACAAUGGCAAUGUGCAAACAGAGUUGUUACUGCAGAAAGAUCGCCGAGAGUUCACCUUCAGAGAAGGAUGGACUUUUCCCAGAACAAUUUCAUUCAAUGGUGAUCAGUGUGUCAUGCCAUCUCCUGAUGCAUACCCUUCACUCCCCAACACAGCUCACACAUCAACCCUUCCCACAUUUUUCUUUUCAUUAAAAAGAGAGGGCAAGAAGAAAGAUAGGGCAGUGGUCGUUGCCGCAUAUAAAGCGCUCAAACGAAAACUAAAACCUUCUUUUUCUUGUGCCCUUCGGAGUCGGCUUCUUCUCCUCUUUCGGUGA